AUGUACGUGGGAGGAAAUGAUGCUACUGCUAGAGGCAACUCUGUUCCACCGAAGCCAGAAAUUAUGUCCCGAAGAAUGAUAGAAGCAUGUUAUCAUUCUUCUAGUCAACACCACCAGGACAUGGAGAACAGACGUUUGCUGAGCCCCAAAGCAUCCACCGGGGUUGGGUACCCGAUCUCCGCUAAGGUCGCUCGCACCCCAGUCAGCACCAUGGGGAAUUAUUUCAUGGACAAAUCGAGUGCUUGGGGUAUCGUUCUGAGGAAAACACCUGCAGAUUCUAUAAUAGACGAUCAGCCGUCGAUUGCAUCUGUAGAUGUGGGCAUUAGCCUGGCCCAAAUUUCUGGAGCGAUAAAAGUACGAACUGCUGGUGGAUCUAUGAAAUUGAAACCAUCGAGCGACUCAUGUUCGACCGCUGAGUCUAAGACGUCGGAGUGUGCUAAGGAGGCAGAAAAUAAAGCGGUAAUGCUGAAAGACACUUGGUCUCCUUCGAGCGACAACACUGUCAAACAAAUCCCAAACAGCCAACGAAAACCAUCGAGAUCCGAAAAGUCGAUCAAAUCCAACGCCUCAUCCUGUGCCCGGAUGCAGCUUAAACUUCUACAAGAGGAUAAAGAAUUAGAAGAUCGGAAAUUAAUGGAAAAGCGAAGAAAUUUGGAAGAGGAAAAAGUUUUACGAGAAAAGGAGCGUGAACUGCGAGAAGAAGAGCUCAAGAUUCAGGAAAAGUACUUACAGAAGAAAAGAGAACUUGAAGAAAUAGUCGAAAGUGAAAAUUCUAUGAGUUCCGUAUCCGUGUCCUGCAAAAGUAAAAUGGCAGAAGAAUGGAUCAAUAAGCAACGAAAAUCGAACCAGACUAUUCCAAAUAUUUCUGAUGAAUUAGAGUCUGACCACUUGGAAUCAGACAACGAGAGUAUGGGCAACAAUCGCAGUCAUCAAGAGCGGAAUUUCAAUCGUGGCCAAUUAUUACCAGUCAAAAAUAUGGAUCCAUUCAAGCCUGAAAAGAAUUUUGGGCCAACGUUUGAACAAUCCGCUGCAAGGCAAAUAUGGCCAAAGACACUCCCAUCAUUUUCCGGUGAUCCCGAGGAGUGGCCAAUCUUCUUAAAUAGCUUCGAGGACUCCAACAGAGCCUGCGGAUUUUCGAACGUGGAAAAUUUGAUGCGGUUAAGGGAAUGCUUGCGGGGUGCCGCAAAAGAUGCCGUGGCCACCAAACUGAUGUUCCCGGAAAGCGUCCCCGUUAUUAUGGAAACUUUAAAGCGAAUGUAUGGGAGACCAGAGCUCAUAGUGAAAACCAUGUUAGCAAAGGUUCGGAGAUUAGAAGCGCCGAAACCAGAGCGCCUGGAUAGUUUGAUUCGUUUCGGGACGUCAGUCGAACAACUUUGCGAUCAUCUAAAAGCUGCAAACCUUCGAAAUCAUUUCUCGAAUCCGUCACUUUUAGCGGAACUGGUUGAGAAGCUACCGACCUCCAAUCAAAUAGAGUGGGUACGUUUCAAACGAAGUUUUGACGAUCCAACGUUAAUGGAAUUUGGUCAAUUUAUGAAAGAACUUGUGAUCGAUGCUUGCGAAGUGACUACCGUUACUACCCUGAAGCAUGACAAUAGAAGUGAAAAAAUGAAACCUAGAGAAAGGGGUCAUGUGAAUACGCACAUUCAAACAUCUGAAGAGUCACGAACGCAACACUGCGAAAAGAAGCCUUGCCUGGUCUGUGGGAUGACCAAUCAUCGUCUGCGUAAUUGCGAAAGGUUUAAAAAGUUGAGUCUGGAAGCGAGAUUAAAGGUGGUCGAGCAAUGGAAGUUGUGCGAAACUUGUCUCUACGACCAUGGAAAGUGGAAAUGUCGGUCGAGGUAUUAUUGUACAGUCGAUAACUGCAAAAGAAAACAUCAUUACCUCCUUCAUCCUGAAAAUCGCCCAAUAACAGCAACGACUGCGUUUUGCAAUACCCACAGAGAUGUCAAUGCCUCAGUUCUACUAAGAAUUAUUCCAAUCCUCUUGCGCAACGCAGAUCGAGUAGUCGAGACAUUCGGAUUUAUUGAUGAAGGUUCGUCUCUGACCCUGAUGGAUUCAGAGUUAGCUGAUUUCCUUGGAUUGGAGGGAUCAACAGAGCCAUUACAAUUAAGAUGGACCUCAAACAUCGUGCGUGAUGAAAAUUAUUCGAAGCGUGUUAAAGUCGCCAUUGCCGGAAGAGAAUUUUCGAAUAAGUACCAUUUCAUAGUAGCUCGUACAAUUGCGAACCUUGAUUUACCAGAGCAAAAUCUACCGUACGAGAAUCUGGUUGGAAAGUAUGGGCACUUACAGAAUAUAGAAGUGUCUCCAUAUGUGAGAGCGAAGCCACAAAUCCUUAUUGGUUUGGAUAACCUAGAAAUGUUCGCACCUUUAGAGAGCCGUAUAGGACAUCGAGGACAACCAAUCGCCGUAAGAUCAGUACUAGGAUGGUCGGUUUACGGACCUAUCAGCUCCGGUUCUCAACACGGUGGCAGAGUUAACGUUCACUCUUGUAACUGUAACGCAGAUUUUGAACUUACAGACCUAGUGCGCCAACAGUUCGUACUCGAAGAAAACAUAACGUUUCAUGGCACACUCCCACGAUCAAAGGAAGAUACUCGUGCUCUUGAAAUCCUAGAUCGAACGACCACUUUCAAAAAUGGAAGAUACGAAACAGGACUUCUUUGGAAGAAAGAAGAAAUACGCUUCCCUGACAGCCGGCAAAUGGCGAUGAGUCGCCUGAAAGGAUUUGAAGGCAAGCUGACGAAAAACCCAGAUCUCCGAUCUAAUGUCCACGAGCAGAUCAAAGAAUAUAUACGCAAAGGCUAUGCACACAAGACAACGGAACUUGAGCUAACGGAAGUGCCAUCCGAACGAGUGUGGUAUUUGCCACUGAACAUUGUUAGCAACGCGAAAAAACCCAACAAAAAGAGGUUGAUUUGGGAUGCAGCAGCAAUAGCUAAUGGAGUUUCAUUGAAUUCAGUACUGCUUAAGGGCCCAGAUCUCCUUGUCAAUUUACCGUCUGUCAUCUACAAAUUUAGAGAAAAGAUCGUGGGCUUUGGAGGCGACGUGAAAGAAAUGUUUCACCAGGUUCGCAUUAGGUCCGAGGACAAACAUGCUCAGCGCUUUCUAUUCCGGUUCGAUCCUGAACACCCACCCGAUGUUUACACGAUGGAUGUCAUGAUUUUUGGGGCCGCCUGCUCACCAUGUGCUGCUUUAUAUGUCAUGCAACUGAACGCCGACAACUGUCAAAAAUAUUACCCUGAGGCAACAAAUGCUAUCAAGAGCAAUACUUACAUGGACGACUAUUUCGAUAGCGCGGACACGCCGGAAGAAGCCGCUAACAGAGCAAUGCAAGUCAAAUUAGCUCUUGAGCGAGGUGGCUUCGAAAUGAAAAAUUGGGUGAGUAAUAGCAAAUGUGUUCUAUCAAAGUUGGGUGAAAUAGUUACCCCGGAAAUAGUUCCUCUUCCGAAUGAUGAAGCAGGCCAUUCUGAGCGCGUUUUGGGUAUAACGUGGGACCCAGUAAAAGACAGAUUUUCUUUCCCUAUCCAAUUCUCCGGGGAAUUGACUCGAUAUAUCGAGACCAGCGAGAGGCCCACUAAAAGAACAGCCCUUCGUUGCCUGAUGAGCCUUUUUGACCCUCUGGGUUUACUGUCCCCUUAUAUGAUACACGGAAAAAUAAUCAUGCAAGAUCUCUGGCGAAGCGGUGUUCAGUGGGAUGAACAAAUGUGCGAUGCAGAAUUUGAGAAAUGGACUCGAUGGACUCGCUUACUUAGAAAGGUGGACGAACUUACAAUUCCACGACACUAUUUUGGUGGAAUAGCAGUCAACGACACCAUUCAACUGCAUAUUUUCACGGACGCCAGUGAGUAUGGCUACGGAUGUGCAGCUUAUUUCCGGAUUUCCAAUGGAGCUCGUGUCGUCGUAAACCUAGUGCGCGGAGUAUCGAAAGUAGCUCCAUUGAAACAUCUAUCUAUUCCUCGAAUGGAACUCCAGGCAGCAGUAUGCGGUGCUCGAUUGAUGGCCAACGUUUGCGAUGGACAUUCGAUCGAGAUAAAAGAAAGAUUCAUCUGGACGGACUCAACCACUGUGCUUAGCUGGAUAAAAGCAGAUCAACGAAAGUAUAAACAGUUUGUUGCUGUGCGUAUCGGUCUGAUACUAUCGCUUUCCGAACCGGGAAAUUGGCGUUGGGUACCGACCAAAGAAAAUAUAGCCGAUUGCCUGACUAAAUGGGGGAAAGAUACGGAACCUGAAUCGAACGGACGUUGGUUUAUGGGACCUUCAUUCUUGUACGAGAAUCCGGAGAUUUGGCCGAAACAACGAUGUCAUCGAGAAGAUCCAACAGAAGAACGAAAGGUCCAUGUUCUUCUACAUCUUCCGCAAUUUUCCUCGCCCUUGAUAGACCCCGCUCGUAUCUCUAAAUGGAAUGUUCUAGUGCGAACCAUAGCAACUGUGCUCCGAUUUAUAUCAAAUUGUCAACGGAGAGUUAAAGGUUUGCCAAUCGAAUCCGUGCUGACCGAAGAUAAAAUGAAAAAGCUCGUCAAACGAUUCGUUCCCUCAGUUGUUGUACCGUUGAAACAAACUGAGUACAGUCGAGCAGAAACCGUAUUGUGGCGUAUCGUCCAAGUGGAAUCAUUUCCUGACGAAGUUGAAAUUCUUACGAAAAAUCGUAAUCUGCCCAUGGCGAAAUGGGCGAGAAUCGAAAAAUCUAGUCCCCUCCAUAAAUUCUGCCCAUUUUCCGACGAAUAUGGGGUGGUUAGAGUCGAAGGAAGAACUGCUAACGCCAAAUAUGCCAGCUUCGAUGCACGUUUCCCGAUUAUUCUGAACCGAAAUCAUAUUAUCACUCAACGACUUCUGGAACAUCAUCAUUCAACAUUCGGUCAUGGUAAUAGAGAGACCAUAUUCAACGAGCUUCGUCAGCGAUUUGAAAUAAACACGUUUACCAACGCACGCACCAGCUGGCACUUCAACCCUCCCGCAACCCCCCACAUGGGGGGAGUUUGGGAGCGGAUGGUGCGAAGCGUCAAAUCGGGUUUAGAAGCGCUCGACGAUGGGAGAAAAUUGAACGACGAAACAUUAAUAACUGCUUUAGCCGAAACAGAAGCGCUGAUUAAUUCUCGACCACUCACCUAUAUGCCUCAGGAUUCCACUGAAGCCCUUACACCCAAUCAUUUUAUUCGAGGAUGCUCGUCGCAGGACCAUGAUCCUCAACGUGGUUCCAUCUGCCUAGGAGAAGCGCUAAAGAGUAGUUAUUUGAGAUCCUUGUAUCUGGCGAACGAAGCCUGGGCCCGAUGGUUAAAAGAAUACUUCCCUACACUCAACCGACGUCCUAAAUGGUUCGAAGAAGCGGAUCCUAUAAAAAUCGGAGACUUAGUUUACCUGGCCGAAGGUCCUCGGAGAACAUGGGUGAGAGGAAGAGUAAUAGAGUUACUCCCGAAUCGUGACGGAAGGAUACGAAGAGUUGUCGUACAAACAGCAUCAGGAAAGCUGAAAAGGGCGGUGGCGAAUUUGGCAGUGAUGGAGAUAAAGGAUAGUGAACCUGGUUCCUAUCAGGACGAGCUGGAACCUGCUUCACGGGGCGGAGGAUGUUCUGGCAUCACUGAGCCGGACAACUGUAUCUGA